AUGACAGGUACAUUCAAGACAUAUCGCAUUCCCCAGCUCGAGGGCGGACAUCGUCCAGGCUCAGACGCAAUCUUCAACUCUCACAGCCAAGAAGACAUCCUCUCCGCCCUCGAACAAUGGAAUUCUCGGCGCAUUCUUCUGAUCCACAGCAAAGCUCUCGCCCAAAACACAUCUGUUAUCUCCGAUUUGAAAGAAGCUCUUGGCGAACGCCUCACCACUAUCAAGGAAGGCGUCGGCUCCCAUUCCCCAUACUCAGAUGUCAUCGACAUUGCCCACAGAAUCACAGAGCACAAGAUAGACUGUGUCAUCAGUAUUGGCAGCGGCUCUUACUCUGACGCUUGCAAAGUCGCGCGUCUGAUGUCCGCUACUCUCCCGGCUGGAUUUGGCGAAAAAGACAUGGAAGAGCUUCUUGAUCAAGAAAAAGGCGUUGCGCCGCAGGAUAAGAUGAAGAAAGCAGAGGAGGUGAAGCUAAUUCUCGUUCCAACGAGUUUAUCGGCGGGGGAAUGGAACCAUACAGCGAGUUGCACUAACAGCGCGGGGAAAAAGCAGCAUUUCUCGCUUCAUGAUGGUGGUGCGCCAGAUUUAAUCCUCAUGGAUCCAUGGGUUGCGAGAACAUCGCCCGAGAAAUUGUGGCUCAGCUCUGGAAUACGUGCUGUGGACCAUUGCGUUGAGACGCUAUGCAAUCCCGAAUGUAAAAAGUAUCCCGAUGUGCAAGAAUGGUGCGAAAAAGCAUUGCGAGACUUGGCAAAGGGAUUGGUUGAGUAUAAAGAGGGAUUGGGCAAAGGACAAGACGGUGAAGAUGAGCUUGUUCACGGCGUGAGCAAGUGUCAAGCCGGAAGUCGCAUGGCGCUCAUGGGCUUUAUCAUUUACAGAGUGAAUAUGGGCGCCAGUCAUGCCAUUGGCCAUCAGCUCGGCAGUGUUGGAAAGGUUAUGCACGGUAUUACGAGCUGUAUUAUGCUCCCGCCUGUGCUGCGAUACACCAAGGGGCGAAACCCUGAGGCGCAAGCAAAGAUCGUGAAGGUCUUCAAUGACACAUUGGGAUGGGAGGAAACGGAGGCGGGGGAUUGCGUUGCGCGGCUUGUGAAGGUUACAGGGCUGCCGAGUACACUAAAAGAGGUCGGGGUUACGAUCGACGAGCAGAUUGAGCAGAUCAUCGACAAGACCAUGACGGAUGUAAUGUUCUCAUUUGGAAAGGUCUUGACGAGAGAAGAAAUAUCUGAGAUUGUAUACUCAACUAAAUAA